GUGUGAGCAGCUCAGGCUUUCUGCUUCAGCUCACUCCCAUUUGAUCACUGGGCUGACAGUCACGACUUUCUAUUCUACACCUCCAGGCUUCACUCUGAGGAAAGAAGGACCAAGAAAAACACAGAAGCAGCCACACAGCUGACCUACAGAGCCAUCAAUAACUUACUGCCCUUGCAGCAGAAUUACAGAGGGGACCGGAGGGGAAGAGAAAGAGGAAAAGGGGAGGGGGAGGAAGAGGAGAAGAAAAAGAAAAUCCAGAGAAUUCCAGCCUUCAAAUAUAGCCAAACUGAGAAUGAGAGGAGUGUGUUUGCUCUGCAGGAACGGAGAAGAAAGAACAAAUUAAAUAAACAAAAGCAGGCAAGGACGGGAGCUCGCUUCCCAAUAGCAACAAUAUUAUUUUAGAGGCAAAAUGAUUCCCCCAAGCAACACUGCUGAAGUCAGUGUGGAUAAUGUGGAGAAAGAUAAUGAACUGGAGAACACAGAUCAGCCCCCUUCUCCAGCAUCUACCACCAGCCAAGAAUCAAAGCUCCAGAAACUGAAAAGAUCUCUGUCUUUCAAGACCAAAAGCUUACGGAGUAAAAGUGCAGACAACUUCUUCCAGAGGACUAAUAGUGAUAUGAAAUUACAAGUUGACCUGCUGCCUGAGGUGAGCACCAGUGUCUGCCAGCUCCCCAACUCAGAGAGCCAGACGUCCACACCUAUCAAACUCCAACAGCAACCAGAAAGCAACCAGGUCCAUGUUUUCCAGGAGCACAUCUUCAAGAAACCCACUUUCUGUGAUGUCUGCAACCACAUGAUUGUUGGGACAAAUGCUAAACAUGGACUGCGCUGUAAGGCUUGUAAGAUGAGCAUCCACCACAAGUGCACUGACAGUAUUGGACAACAGCGUUGCAUGGGCAAACUGCCAAAGGGGUUUCGGAGGUACUACAGUUCCCCGCUACUCAUUCAUGAACAGUUUGGCUGCAUCAAAGAAGUGAUGCCAAUUGCCUGUGGCAACAAAGUCGACCCUGUCUAUGAAACCCUCCGCUUUGGCACCUCCUUGGCACAGAAGACCAAGAAGGGCAGCUCUGGAAGUGGAUCUGACUCACCCAAACGGAACUCUACUUCAGACCUCGCAGAAGUUCCUGAGGAAGUGGAUGGUUCAGGAAGCAUGUUUGAUAUUAACAGGAAACGCAGCAACAGUGUGUUUACCUACUCAGAAAAUGGAACAGAAGACUUUGGAGAAGAAUCUAAGAGGAUAAACCCCCUGGGACCUCUUUAUAAAGACACAUUACAAAUGAAUACCUACGUUGCCUUGUACAAAUUUGUACCACAAGAGAAUGAAGACUUGGAGAUGAGGCCAGGUGAUAUGAUCACACUGCUAGAGGAUUCUAAUGAAGACUGGUGGAAGGGGAGAAUUGAGGACAGAAUAGGAUUUUUUCCUGCUAAUUUUGUUCAGAGAGUGCAACAAGAUGAAAAGAUUUUCAAGUGCAUCAGAACAUUUAUCGGAUGCAAGGAGCAAGGACAGAUUACUCUGAAAGAGAACCAAAUCUGCGUGACUUCUGAAAAGGAACACAAUGGCUUUAUCAAAGUUUACUGCGGGAAGAAGAAAGGCUUUGUCCCCCUAGAUGUCUUAGAAAUCAUCUGAUUUCAAUAAUGCACUCGCUGCAGUAGGAAAGCUUUGCUGGCAAUGCCUGUCUGCCUCAUCUCACACUGUGUCAACCCAGCUGGGCUGUCUUGCAGAUGAUCAGGGACUAGUGAGAUGACCGCAGCACCAAAAAAAGACACUUAGACUGUUACAGCAACAAGAAAUAAAAAGAUAAGAGGAUUGAUUAAAAGAAUAUAUAUCAGGAAUCCUCCAGGGGGAAAGGGACCAAAGAAAGUAAAAGGAAUAAGGUAAGAAAAGUCUGGAUUCGCUCAUUUCCAGCACAAGUUGGCUAUUAAUUACCCCGCUGGAGACAGACAGACAGACAGACAGGCAGCUGUUCUGAAGGACUAACCUCACACCCUGCUCAUGUGUCUUAAAAAAAAACUGUUGGAAUGUGUUUUUGUUUGAAGUGUUAUUGGGGGAGGGGGGGAAAGGUUCAAGCUGUCCUUGUAGUACAGUCUGAUCUUGUAGUAAAAGUGUGACUAUGAUUCUAGAGUUUUGUCCACCGUAUUAGCCAAUCAGCAUAGCGUUUAAUCCUGAUGUCAAGUCUCAUAACAAAGCAGUUUGGAGGCACUGUGUAAAUGUCAGUCUGAGAAGUGCACCGUUGUAUUGACGUCAACGGCUUUCUCUUUAUGCUGAAGAGCGGCCAACUUCUACAUCCCCUUGCUUUGUCUGUAUACAAACAAAACUCUUGGCACAUGUUGGAUGUAACAGCUGCUCUGGUAGCUGACACACUUAGAGUCCCUCCUGUUCAGAAGGCCAGGCUGGAAGUAUUCCUGUGUGAUCCUUGCUCCUUUAUCUGGUGGCAGAAUAAGUAUCAGAAGUACAGAGCUGAGUGAGAGCUCCAUGAUUGAAAACUUUUCUAUUUUUCCAUGGAUACUAAGUUGAAAGAGAUUUUGUACAUUGAUCCUGUUGAUAAGUAGUAGAGGAUCAAUCAAGCCUCUCCAGAGUAAAACACUAGAAAAGAACUUAAGGAAUUGAUGGUGAAGUCAGGAAUCCUCCCAUUCCAAAAUCAGAGAGAGAGAGAAAGGAACUAGGCUAUCAUUUAAUUAUAUUAACACAAAGUCUCUUGCUUCAGUCACUAGAUGGGAGUAUUUAAGAAAUUAGUGUAAGAUAAAUUCUGCCUUCACACACACACAUGCAAACGUUACUAAUGACAGUGAGGCUGAAAGAGGCGUCUGUUAAGGCAAUAUUUGGCCUAGUGUCUGCAGUCUGCUUCAUGUAGGUCCCAGUCUUGUAAUCUGUUCUGUGCCUAUGACCCCUGAACACAUGCAGAGUUCCUUUAUCUUCAACGGUCUCUGGGUAGGCAUCAGAGUCUGCCAGUGCAAAUCAGACUGCAGCAUCAGGACCUUGGUCUAUAGGUCUCAUAAUAACUGUCACUUAAUAAUGCUACCCCAUAUUAUUACCAGGAGUGCUAGAAAAAUGUUUACAGUGUGAGUGCUGAGAGCCCUUGAACGAAAUGCCAAACCCUGUAUAUAAUGAAUAGUCUACUAUAGCAGCACCUUAAAGACUAACAAAAUAUGUAGAUGGUAUCAUGAGCUUUCAUGGGUACAACCCACUUCUUCAGACAAAUGGAGUUAUUAAAAAUCCAGAUCCAAAAAUAAAUAGGAGAUGGGAAGGGGAAAGGAAGGGGGGGAAAUAGUGAAUGAGAGUGUUCAAGUUACAAGAAGCUGAUAGAGGAGUGCAAAUUGUUCUAAAGUACCUAUUGUUUAGUUGGUUAAAUCAUUAGGAUGUGGAAAGUAGUGUGCUAGCCAGGUAAUGUAGUGUGCUACCUUUUUGAUGGCUCCCAAACUUGUAAAUGAAGCUAAAUUCAAAAUGGAAUCCACUUUAAGCCAGGGGAUAUGACAGCACCCCCAGCAUCCCAAGUUCCAGCACCUAUGGUUACUACUAUGGUUGCAUCUGAAGAAGUGGGUCUUUGCCCAUGAAAGCUUAUGCUCCUAUACUUCAGUUAGUCUAUAAGGUGCCACAGGACUCCUCGCCGCUUUUGCAGAUUCAGACUAACACGGCUACCCCUCUGAUACUAGAGAUAGACCCAAAUCAAAAUCCUAAAUCCACACAAAGGGGAAGUGUCAGUUCUGCAUCUGAACUUCACAUGUGUCCACACUCUCUAAAAUGGGCUGAACCAUACACUCCCACAAUCAAACACUACAGAAUUGUGAGUCUGUAUCUCUGGAUCCUGGUCCUGCAAUCAGAUUGGCCUAGAUGAACAGUCCAUAUAGAGCCUUCCUAAGGACAGCAGGGACUCAUUCAGCCUCCGAGGUCCAACCUCUGAUCUGCAAGAUCAGAGCCAUAUAUCAUAGCUCUCUUCUGCCUCUCAUUAUUGUGGUAGUGUCAGCUGCUGAAUCUGUUUUUUUCAUAGCUGAUGUAAGCUAAACAAAUCAUAUCAUGGUUUUACCUAAGCCAUGUUCAUUUCAGAUAUUGUUCUGUGGGGAAGAUAUAGAAAUGUCCUUUUUCAGUAUGAACAAUGGACUACUUUCACUCAUCUUAUUUUCCAAUGUAAUCAAAAAACUUCAGGAAGGGGGCAGGAUUGAAGAUGCUGAUAUGGCUUAGAGACCAAGAUGAAAAACAGCUGAAAUGUUACUAUUCCAUCCUGCUUUAUAACACUAUUUUAUUUGAUAUUUACCAAAUUUUUAAAAAUCUCAAUGCCUGUUACAACUGAAAUUAUUGCUUACUUUGGUCUAGCCUGUUACGCAUAGACUAGGGAAAUCUGUUUAAUCUAUACAUAUGUGCUCUUGUUUACAUGAUUGCAUCAUACUGUGAUUCCCUCCUAUGUCACUCUCCUCCUAUUUUAAUUUUUCCCUAAAAAAUGCAUCAUACUAUUCAUAGAAUAAUAUGAACAUUAACUACAAUUCACAAUGGCCUUUAAGCAAUGUCUGUUGAUUUCUUUUGAUACAAAGCAAUAAAUAAUAAAGUGACUGAAAAGCCCCUAUGUGGAUUACAUCAUGGUGGAUCAAGCAUUGCUUUCUAAA